AUGUUUUCCUCUACCCAAACUCACACCUUAGACUGUCACUGCAUUAAAUGUCACAACAGUCAUCAGAAAUCUUCUUAUGCUGCAAAGCAUACUGAGACUCAUUGUAAUAAGAGAGCUAGAGUUGAAGCCGCAAUGAGAAACAUGGAUGUAGAUACUGAGAUAAUCCUGACCUCUCAUUCCGAUUCUGUGGAAGCAAUGGACGGUCAGGCCAACUCAUCUUUUUUGGAUGCUGCCUCAAUCUUUGAUAAUGACAGAGACAACAAUAAUUUCGAUGACAAUGUUGAAGAUGAAGUCAAUGAGAUCAAGAUUGAGGACUUCAACAGUGAAGACCCUUUUGCUGCUUCUGAUAUGCCCGAAAAUGAAGUCCAUCAAUUCAUAGCCAUUUUUAUGGUACUGUUUGCUUCACGUCAUGUUGUUGAUAAGGGUGCUGCUGUCUUGAUUGAGUUUAUCAACAACCUGCUGAGAAUCUAUGACCAAGAUUUUCAAUUACCAACCAGUCUUGCCGGUUUACAAAAAAUGACAGGAUUUUCUGCUAUUACAAAAGGCAUCAAGAAAUUUGUGAUGUGCCAAGACUGUCAUACAGUAUAUCAGGAUAUCGUGUCUGCUCCUCCUCGAUGUGUUUCCUCAAAACUUGGUGCCAGGUCUGCAUGCCACUGUAAUUUGACAAAAUUCAUAUCUUCUGGUGCCUUGGUUGCAAAGCGUGAAUAUGUCUACCAAUCCAUUAAAAAUACAUUGAGCGUUUUCUUCUGUCGCCCUAGUUUUGAAGCCAAGAUUUAUGAGAAGACAAUUAAACCUGAAGAGUUUGCUUUGAUGAAGAAAAUUGCAGAGACAAUAAUACUGCCCAGAGAUUACACCACACUGACAACCAAAAUUGGAAAGGGCUUCAGCUACAUGAAAGCGGACGAGUGGAAAUCAUGGGUGCUAGUUUAUUCUCCUGUCUUGUUGCAUGGUAUUCUCCCCCCAAUACAAUUUAAGAACUGGAUGUAUUUUGUUAAUGCAUGCCAAUACUACAUAAAGCUCAGCAUUAUGUUUGAUGAGAUAACCACUGCCCACAGUCUGUUAGAAACGUUUUGUAAUGCAUGCAACGUAGACUAUACUGCUACUAUUCUCACCUGCAAUAUGCACCUACACCUCCAUCUUCACGAAUGCAUUCGUGAUUUUGGACUAGUUAUGAAUUUCAAGACAAAUGGAAAAGACGGUUUUGAGGCAACCUACAUGAAAAAUUUUGUUCAGAAUGCGUAUAAGGGUGAUUAUGUCAAUGCUGUUCUUAAAAGUUCUAGCCAGAUCCCCUUCAUUCACACCCUGUCUAAACUUGUUACAACCUCCAUACCUGCCACCACAGUCACCACUCUCUCCAGUCACCCAUUCAGAUUGCAAGCAUUUGUUCAAGGCUACACUGAUUCUUAUAAUCCACUCAAGGGUAACGAGCCUCUUCCUCCUUCUACAUUUCCUCUAAAAUACAAAAAGCCAUCAGUAAUGGAUGAUUCUGACUAUCUCCAUUUACUUGAAUAUUACCAAGUCGCUUACAACCUCCCAGACCUUGCCAGCUAUCAGGACACGUCCUAUAAUCGCCCAGCACUUGACAAUCAAAUCAUCAAAUUGAAGUCAAUUGACAUUCUUGGUCAACACUAUCGAGGAACAAACAACAGCACAAUCAGUCAUGGAUCACUUGUUCAGGCAAAGUUUGUUGGUAGUAAUGGAAACAUUAUACUUGGAUUUGCUGGACAAAUUCAGUUGCGUGAGGAUGACGGUGUUGAAUUUUGUUUGCCCAUGUUCUCUCCUGAUAGCUACCAUAGCAUUAUACCUGUACAUCGCAUCUUAUUAGAGGUUGCUACAGCUACUAUUGCAACAAGUAGAAAUGUUAGAAAAAUGCUGGUAAUUCCAUUGCCAAAGAAGCUAUAUGCUUAA